AUGGCGGAGACGACGACGGACGCCGACAGGCUCCGGUUCAUCGAGGAGGUGACCGCCGACGUGGACGCCGUGCAGCAGCGCGUGCUGGCGGAGAUCCUCGCCCACAACGCCGACGCCGAGUACCUCGCGACGAGGUGCGGCCUGGCCGGCGCCACCGACCACUCCACCUUCCGGGCCAAGGUCCCCAUGGUGACCUACGAGGACCUGCAGCCGUACAUCCUGCGCAUCGACCGCUCGCCCAUCCUGUCCGGAUCCGGCCACCCCGUCUCCGAGUUCUUCACCAGCUCCGGGCUCCAGCACCUUCGGCGGCGAGCGCAAGCUGAUUCCCACCGUGGAGGAUGA